AUGCAGACGACGAGAGCGGUAAGGAUUGGUGGCUCCAACCCGGGCAGCACCGUUUCUUUUUCCGGUUCGGUGGAGACCUGUGACAGAAACAGGGAACCACAGAGUAACCAAACAGAGGCAGCCGAUGUCAACAGCCGACGGAGGCUUUCAACCGACGUGGUUUUUACGAUAAAGGACAUUCAAAACAUCUUGCACAAGAUUAACGCAUUCCGCGCGUUGAGGCCGGACCAGGUGCAUCCAGGGAUCUUGGAAAAAACGUCAUCUACGUUUCAAAAAUCAUUGAUACCUUUGUUGACUGAUAGAGACCCUUUUUCCGUUAGGAAAGUAGCGAUUGUCCCACCCAUCUGCAAAGCGGAUGACCGAAUAGCAUAUGAGCUACAGACCGUACGAGGUGAUGGAAUGCACUCUGACGCAAGCUACCAUAAAUCACUUUAUUCCCAACAACUUGAUAUGUCCGACCCAAUUAUUAUUUCUCCGGAACCGUACUUCCGUCCCCAACAUGCACGUGUUUGUAGACAGCCUUCUGUGGAAACCGAUGUCACACAUCUAUCAUGUAGAAAUUUGCGGGAGUUAUCCGGCAAUACACGUGGCAUACAAGAGUUUGUUGCUCAAACAUUAAUUUAUGAAAAGUCCACCAUGCGUCUGUACAUUUUGAAAAUUCGUCGCCACGCGGAAAUAGCGUUUAGUUCGGAUCCGUUUUUGUAUGGUGAAGAGAACGAGACGAGCGAAGAAGAGAAGAAGAAGAACGGAGAACGAGAGUACGUAGAACAUGAAAUUUCUUGGGAAAAGCGGGAUGAGUAA